CGUCACAUUUCAUAUUUCAAUAUUGAAAAAAUUUUUCAAUACAUAAUUUUAUAUCACGGUUCAGCAACUAAAGUAUAUUUAUAGUAAUUAAAAUAUAUUUAAAAUAUUAUUAUAUACGUGGAAGUACGAUAAGAAAAUUGUCAGGUAUUUACAGGUUAUAUCUGAAGUGAGCCAGGAGUGGAGAUAAAUAUAUUUAAAUAGAGAUGGCUUUAAACAAAUUUAUGCACCCAAACAAUAUUUACAAAACCCCUCCAGACUUUGCUAAGUUAGCGAAAACCUAUAAAGAGUUUUCCGACAUAGCAAAAAUGGAUGUUACAGGUAAAGUGACCAUUGACUUUAAAGAUCCUCAGGUGCUGCGUAUUUUGACAACCUGCUUACUAAAAUCUGAUUUUAAUCUUGAUGUUCUUAUACCAGAAGAUCGAUUAGUACCAACAUUGCCAUUAAGGCUAAACUAUAUCUUGUGGAUUGAAGACUUAAUGAAUUUUAUUAAUAAAAAAGAGUCUAUCACUGGUCUUGAUAUAGGUACUGGUGCAUGUGCUAUAUAUCCUUUAUUGGCAGCAGUAAAAAAUAAAUGGACGAUGGUUGGAACGGAAACAGAUGAGGAAAGUUUAUUGAAAGCAACAGAGAAUGUUCAAAGGAAUAAUCUACAGAAUUUAAUAACAUUGAAACAGAAUCCAACAAAGUCCAUCGUUGAUUUCAUGUUUGCUGAUGAUAAUUCACAAGUGUUUGAAUUUUGUAUGUGCAAUCCACCUUUUUACACAAAUGUCCAAGAGCUCUGGGAGUCAAGGAGUCCAGCGAGACCUGAACCGAAAAAUGGAUUUACUGGAUCACCACAUGAACUUAUCACUGAAGGUGGAGAGUUACAGUUCUGUAGAAAAAUUAUAGAGGAAAGCAAGCUUUAUAAAGAUAGAAUUCUCAUAUACACAACCAUGGUAGGUCAUAAACAUAACUUGAAGGAACUAGUUCUGGAUUUAAAAGCUGAAGCCAUUAAAUACACAAUAACCGAAUUCUGUCAAGGUAGAGUUACAAGAUGGGGCUUAGCUUGGACUUACCAGGAUUAUGAAUUGUCCAAAAUAGAUAUGCCAAAGGAUAAAUCCCGCAAGAAAAACUUACCUAUAACUAUCACAUUACCAAAACCAGAUGAGAGCAAAACUACAACUAACAGUUUCGAUAAAAUGAAAGCAAUAUUACAGGAGUUAAAAAUUACUUAUAGAGUUAUUACAAAACGUAAUAACGAGUUACGCCUAAAUAUAACGGCAACAUCGAAUACCUGGUCAAACCAAAGACGAAAAAGAAGGCUGCAAAAACAAAUUGAAGAGCAAUCGAAGAAGGCAAAAUGUGAAGGUAAUUCUUCAGGUCAAGAGACGAAAAAUGACAAUGACCAAAAUGGAAACACAACUUUAAGCAGUUCAGUAGAAAAAAAUAGUAAUGAUAUUUCAGAAUUAGAUAGUCAACAAACGACGCAGAAUAGUAAGCCAUUAGAUAACACAUCUGUCUUAAUAAAUGCUUUAUUAAAAAUUGUCAUAAAAGAUGUAAAUGUUAACAUUGAAAUGGAAAAUUUGUAUGGUACUGCCGGAAAAGAGGGAUUACAUCAAAUAGCACAGUAUAUUAAAAAUAAUUGGAACUAUCCUAAAGGAGCCAAUACACAUUAA